AGAAAAAGCCUUGGCUGCAACUGGUAACAGAGGAGUUCAAAUCGCUUCCGAUUGGUUGCUUGCUCACGUAAAUGAUUCUACAUUAGACGAAAGUAAUCCCCGUGAAUACAUUUUGUAUGCGUGCCCGACUGGACCUUUUCUACAACAGCUGGAAGAAUUUUGGAAUAAGUCGCGCAUAGUGUGCGGUUGGAAUGGUGCUCACAACUACGUACCACAUAUCACAUUGGUUUCAUUUUUCAAGGCUCCGGAUGAGAGUUCACUGCAAUUAUCCAAAGCUCUAAAACAGGUUGUUGACAUGAGUGGGGCCCUUCUAGAUCGACCCCUAAAGUUGGAGCCUUAUAUGAGUCAGAAUUUUAUGGGUUUCUUUGUAGCGGAAGAGGACGCCAACUAUUUAAAACGACUAUCCCUGCAAUACGUUAAGGAGGUGUCCAAUUCAAUCAUAAGCGACACGUAUGAGCAGCUCGAUGCAAUAGUCGCUUGCUUCCCAUGGUGCGGUGCUGUUUCAUCCGGUACACGUUGUAUACCUCGUAGUAGUCGAUCUAUAUCUUUGGAGCCGCACGUUAAAUCGUUGCAUCUGACUCUAGCAUAUCAGUUUCCGCAGAAUCAGUUUAAUGCACUUAAAAGCUUAGUGGAAUCGCUAGAUGCGUCCUGUGCAUCCAACUGGGAGCUGCGUCUGUAUUCUCGCGACCCUCGGCUAGCCACUAAACAAGUGCACAAAGUGGUGUAUCCCCACAGUCCACAUGAAAUCGAUGAACUGGAGUUGCGCAUCGGCGAUUACAUUUAUUUGAAUACAGAUGCAGUCGACAACUCGUGCGAUGGCUGGGCCGAGGGUAUUUCAUGGCUAACCGGCAGCUCCGGACAUUUACCUGUAAAUUACACGGAACGAACUGCCGAGUCAGAUGCGUGGACAUUGCAUCGUAUUGUGCAGUUAUCCAAAUCGAUGACACCAUCACUAAUAUCUGCCGACGAAAUUGAUAUUGUUGACGGGCGGAGCAUUUCCACUGAAGCUGAGGAGCAGCAAAGGGAUUUGCAUCAUCAAAUUGGUCUUCCUCACGAACUAAUUGACGGCUCGGUAUUUAAUGAGGACUCUGAAAAUAGCGUGGAAAAAUAUUUACGUAAAACUCUGCAACCUUGCUUGGAUUUGCCAUUACUGCAAAGUGUGAACAGCCAAACAACUCAUAAUAGCAGCCAUCAGUCACAAUCUCAACAGGCUAGUCAACAUACAGUGCAACAGCAGAUCAAACAGCAAGAUACGCCGAGUUUAGAAAUGAAUGUGCCAGAUGUGGCUAAACGGUUAGGGGACAUGGACAUAAUGGUGGAACCGAUGGGUGUUGCAGCACCAAAUGCUGAUGACACGCUCAGUAUGGAUUCGGAGCGUUCACACGAGGCUGCGAGCCUUGAAGUAGCACCGGUGAAAUGUCGUCGGAUAUACAUAAUGCGACAUGGAGAGCGUGUGG